AUGGUCUUUCAUCGACACCCACUAGCCGACGAUUUGGGUCUAGAUGAUCGAACCCUCGCACAAAUGAGCCUCAUCAUCUCUACCGAGGUUCCUUCUCGUGGCGAGAUCCAACUCAAAGACUCCGACGACACCGAUAAAUCCCACCAAAGCGCAAAGACAGUCAAAGGACCCUCCAUUGCAACCGAUGAGUCGGAGGUUGGUAGCCAGGACGAAGGCCCCCAACUGGCUUCUUGGUUUGAAGCCACGCACCGACGGCCUCGACGGUACGAUGCAGCUAAGCGACUCGAGACCACCUUGGUACCCAUAGCCGAGGACCCAGAGGGUGAACGCCUCUCUGAGCAACUAGAUCCCCCCACAAGCCAUCUUAGCAAAGCUGGUGCCAGCAGCCCGACAGCGCCGUCAGACACAAGUUCCAUCGAGACUCUGGCCGCCGCAGUUAGUGCAGUUUCUCCCAAUGAUCUGGAAGCCAGACGUUUAUCGGUCUCUGACAUCGGCGAUCUCCCUAAACCAGCGACGUUCGAACCCUCUCCAGUCACAAUGGAGGAUCGCGACACCCCUUUGUUUACUUUCGCAGCCCCAAAAAUCGGCCCAAUGGAGUAUACACGAAUGUACCUUAUCGAACAGGCCAGAGUCGACCAAGAAGGCGGCUCCAACCCUCUUCCCGCGCCGGAGAAGCGCUGGGCAUGGACAAGCGAGGAGGAAAACCUCCUCAUUAUCCCUCGAAUCCCACCAUCGGUUGAUCGUAACCAGUUCAAGCCCGCCCCCCACGGAUCUCCAUCGCACUACAUUAUUCCCAAAUCUGGUCCCUCGAAGAACGAACCGAACGAGCCAUUACCCAGUGUCGAGCAGGGAUCUGCUCGGAACGCGACGGUAGACGAGACUCCCGUGCUUCCAGAGAUUGACUUAGGUGACGACAACCCGUUCGCCGGCGUGUUUUCCAUUAGUGGAAGUAGCUCGUCGCCUUGGAGGCCUCGAGUCCCAAGCGCGUACCUAAGGAACAGGUACCAGGCUGGUCGACUAUCCGUACCCGAGCAACAAGCCAUUAUUCCUUCCCUUGUUUAUGCUAGCAGUGAGGUUGAAAAAAACCUGCACAUGGCUGGCCCCUCGAAGCAGAACUCAGGUCUAAGCGAGGUCAUUUAUAGCCCUGCAAACUAUUCUUCUCACAUCCCCAUCAAUUCCCAUCCCCUUUCUCACAACAGGCUUUAUCUCAAGAAGAGUGAAUCUGCAUUGUCACCCCUCCAUGCCAACAAGGAGCAAGACGGUGAAUCUACACCAACGAAUGUCAUUGAAAAGACUUUCAGCAACAAGAUCGCAAAAGGAGGAGACUGCUGUUCACUUACUACAGCCACCACGUCCUCCACAACCGUAUCUUGCAUGCAUGUCUGCGAGUUCCACAAACCCUCUGCUGAUAUGGAGUGUGGAGAAGAAGAGGAAUUGGGCAAUGACACCAUGGUAUCCCUGGAGCAGGAUAUAAGGAAACAACUGGGCGCUUUUGACUCAACGGAGUCCCUCAUAGGUUCUUUCUCCCCUGAACCUUCUGAUGAACCAAGUCGGCCAGGGACACCAGACAAGCCACGUCCUGACUCUCCUAUCCUAUCCCCUGCCCUAUUGAAAUACCUUUCUGGGCAAUCCCUUUCUCCACCGCCCACGAACAAACUUUUUGAAGCUCCUCGCCUGAGACAACUCAACCAGCCCAAGGAGGAAAACGGUUCCCCCUCAACGCCGCAAACAUCAACGAAGUUGGUCCAUUGUCACACUUCACCCACGGAGAAGACUCCAAUCCAACACAAGGCGGAGACUGAAUCCCCAUCCCCUCUUCCUCAAUCGAGUGGAGUGCUUGUCCUGACCCCUGCUGGUCUGAAAUACUUCCCCCGGCAGUCCCCUUACCCGCCGCCCACUAAAGAACUUCCCCCAGUGCCUCAGCGAGGACGCCCCAUCCAGCCAAAGCAGGAAGGCAGUUCCUCCUCGGCACCACAGAGAGCAACCAAGUCGGUGGAUUCCCACGUAUCGCUCACGCAGAACGUUCCAAUCCAGUACCAGGCGGAUACGGAUUCCCAAAUCCCUCCUCCUCGUUCGAGCGGAGCAAACCCACAAACCGACUCUGUUGUCACUCCCGCGCUCGAGAUUCGGAAAGCGAAGUCUCCACCAAACCAGUUCCCAACCAUCCCAAUCAUCACGGUGACACCACCACCCCCAACUGUUGCCAUGGCCUCACCACCCCCAAUUCCCCCCAAGAACCCUCUUCGAGGCCUGCGUGGUGGCAAUUCCCAGGUAAACAAAGACCUUCCCUCCGUCCUGCGCUCAGUUACGCCUGUCUACCUAACGACGUCGACUCCCGAAGCACGUCCUACUGUACGCCAUCUCACGGCUGAGGACGCCCUUAGAAUUAAGAGAGCACGCACCCAAAUCGCAUCUGCUAACAAACGCGAUUAUCAGAGCGGAACCAUGCCGAAGCACAAACCGGUGAAGGACCCGAAGGUCAACGAUGAGGAGUGCCGUCCUCUUCUCUCCCCGAAGAUCGAGGGUGAAGAAUCUGAGCCAAAGAAGCGGGAGGACCUGACUGCUAAUUCUUCCCCUGGACGAUCGGCCACCGUGGAGAACACUUCCGGUGAUAUCCUCGAGGUCACAAAGCGAAACUUCUCCAGGCAAGCCAUGGACCCCCUUCCAUCGCGCGGAUCGUCUUCCAAGUCAGCGAAGACGCCCGAAGAGGAUAGUGAUACGGAACACAACAUAGCGGCCACCGUGAAGAACAAUUCCGUUGAUAUGCACGAGGUCAUAAAGCGAGAUUUCUCCAUGAAAACCAUGGAGCCCCGUCCGUCAUCCGGACCGCCUCCCGAUGAUGGCAAUAUCGCUAUGGAUUGGAACAGAGUAGUCGCGUUGAUGAAUACCCUCCCAAAGAAGACUCCUGAAGAGGAGAGCGCUAUGGAACGCCACAGAGCGGCCAUGGCGAAGAACACUACUGUUGAUUUGCUCGAAGUCAUAAAGAGAGAUUUCCCCACGAGAUCCACGGACCCCCUUCCGUCCUCCGGACCGUCUCCUGAUGAGGGUAAUAUCGCUAUGGGAUGGAACAGAACGGCCAUGGCGAAGAAUACCGCCGGAUCGUCAUCCAAGCCAGCGAAGACUCCCAAAGAGGAUAGCGAUACGGAAUGCAACAGGGAGCCCACUGUGAAGAACACUACCGUUGAUAUGCUCGAGGUCAUAAAAAGAGACUUCCCCGUGAAAUCCACGGACACCAUUCCGUCGUUCGGAUCGUCUUCCAAGUUGGCGAACACUCCUCAUGGGGAUAGACCUCUGGAAUGCAUGAGAGCGGCCGCGGCGAAAAACCCUCCCGUUGAUAUGCUCGAGGUUAUAAAGCGAGAUUUCCCCUUACCCUCUGGGCAAGCCAAGGACCGCCUUCCGUCGUUCGGAUCGUCUUCCAAGUUGGCCAAGAACCCCGAUGAGGGUAUCACCGCCAUUGAACGUAACAGGGCGGCCACGGCUUGUGGAAUCAUGCAGGAACGCAAGGCCUUUUCGAGUAAACUCGUGGAUGACGAAGACGCCUUUAGUGAGGGAACAUCGCUUAGAAAGACGAAUGUGCUGUCCCGACCCGCCAAUCACCGACUCCGGGCUAAGAAUAAGCAGCCAGAAGGCCAGGGAAGCCAAGAUGCCGACGAGAUACUUUCCUUCGCGGAUCAUUUGGGCGCUGGUAACAAGGCCAACGGGUCGCAGAGAAUCCCGCUCCCCAAUGAAGCCCAGCCAAAGCCCAAACCCCAGCCCCAGCCGCUAAACCCCGCCGCCCUCGACCCCGCCGUCAGCUACGUCAUGGUAGCCGGUAAGGAUGGACAACCCGAGAUUCUCCCCCAAGACCAUCCCGGCGUCAAGUCUUACUUUGACUUCUCCGAUGAUGAUGACACGCCCCCCAAGUCCACCUUCAGGGAGAAACUGAACCAGAUCAAGGAGAAGGCCCACAAGAUUUCCGGUCGCUUCACUAAGCUUAGACUUUCUUCCAGCGAGCGUCGUAAGGAGAAGGAUGGCGAGGCCCGAGGACGGAUCGAGAACGUCCCUAAACGAUCCCAGACGCCUCAUGGACUCCGAUCGACCUCGGACGCCGAGAACCCGACUAAGCCGCGAUCCCGAUUCAUGAAUUUCCCCACUUUGAAGAUUGGUCGACGUCGUCCUCGUGGAGAUGACUUGACGGCUAUUUCCUCUUCGGCUCCGGCUUCGGCCCCGGGAUCGCCCCCUUUGCCUGCGGAUGGCGAGGCGCCCCCUGUUCCGGAGAUUCCUGAGUAUUACCAACGCGCCUUUUCAGGCUGGAAUGCGAUCAAGCUUCAUGCCACCGAGGCCAAUGAGUCCCCUUCCUGGCAGUAUGGGAAGAAGAUUGUCAAGCUAGAGUCUUCCAUGACCUUUAUCUGUUUGAUUCGGAGGGGUUCUAAGCCAAGCAUUCUGAGGACGGGGGAACUUUUCUCCAGCAGGAUAUGGGUGAAAGAUGUCCCCGUAGCCCUCGACUCUCAGGGAAUCACCCAACUCCCAGAGAGUAUAGACUCUCUGGAGGCGGACUUCCUCUCCUGUAGAACAUGGGUGGAGGAUGUCCUGAGCCCUCGUCUUGGCGAAUCAUCCAACUCCCAGAGAGCAUCGGUGAACUCUCUACAGAAGAACUUCAUCACUUGCGUACCCGUCUUCUACGCCGACCCCAAAUACCGCCCAAACCUCAUCAGCGCCGCCGAGGUAACCGACCCCCAAACCCCGAAUAUCCAAGCCGCCCUCAAGUCUAGGGCCGCCGCUCCCUCUCCACCUCCCUUGGCCCCCGUAUUAGCCACCCCACCAGAGCAGCUCGAUGAGCUGAGACUUCGCCUGAUCAAGGCCCGCGUUCAUACGAUAACCACGUUACAGCCAGGCCCAAACCUACCGGCGGCACUGGAAGAGAAGGCAACCAACUCGAAUCUAAGCCGACUGCCGCCUAUGGACGAGGAAUCGUUGACCCUUGUCAUUGCCGCCCACCGAGUCGCCCUCACGCCUUGUGCUAUGACAGAUGCCAUCGAAGACGAUGACGAACGUCAAAAGGCCGUCGCAUCGACCAGAAGGGCUUUUGCCCUUCCGCCAGUUGUGCCAGAGAACCCACCGCAGGAAGAGGACUUGUCCGAGGCCUGCAGGGCGUUGGGCCUCGACGAUUGGCGCAACCUUUCUCUUAACCCCGCUUGUCCUACCCGACGGUACUACCUUCUUCCCUGGAACGUCCGUACCCCCCUGCGCCAUACUCACGGAAGACCUGCCUUUCGGGGAACCGCUCGCAGGCGCCGUCCCGGCGGUUUCGCAGACUAUGAGGCAAAGGACUAUCUGGCUAUCUACGAAGUCAAGGUGCCGGCCCGCUCAGAAAUCCCCGAGGUGUAUAUGUAG